UUUACGCACACAUCACUGAAGAAAUGCAACAGGAAAGUACAGUUGGUGGCAUGUUUCUCUUCUUAAACAGGCAGCAGCAGGUGUUUAACUCCCAACUCGGUAAUAAUUUCUCAUAGUUAGGUAAUUUUUACCCCUGGUGACGCUGUGGACGUGUUGUGCCAAAUGUUUCCGCUGUUUACCUGGCGGCGCGCCUGCGCCUCGAUUUCCAAGCCAGGACUGAGGACUGUUAGCCUGCCGCUGACUCCUCGCCGCUUCCUGCAUUUCACUGGGUUAUAGCAGAGGAAAGUAACCUGUUAACGGCGACAGCUGUCUCAUUAACUGAGGCUACUUGUGUUCUGAUAAUUCACGUAUCAGCUUUUAAGAACGGCGAAGGCGACGACGCAGCGCGCAGUGGAGACUUGUUCUGCGGAGUCACAUUUUGGCACUGCACCGCACCGAGCUGCCCACAGCGAUGCCGCAUCGGAUCCGCGUCCUGCUGCUGUUGCACCUGGCUGUGCUGCUCCUCGGUUGGUCGGCCGGGGCGAGCCGGGUUCGAAAGAAGGCCGCCAGGACCCGGUCUUGCCUGGAUCUGCCGGAGGAGAUCCUGGAGCAGAUGUUCGGGCGCCUCUCGGUGGGCGUGAUGAGCGCUUUUCAUCACGCCCUGCAGCUGGAGCCGCAGGACAAGCUGAACCUGACCUGCCCGGCCACCGCACAGCCCCUGACCGACAGGAAGAAGACCCGCCUCCCGGUCAACCUGCUCAGCAUCUCCCCCUGGGCUUACAGGAUUUCGUACGACCUGAGCAGGUAUCCCCGUUUCAUCCCCGAGGCCUACUGCCUGUGUAAGGGCUGCCUGGUCGGGCCGUACGGCGAGGAGAGCGACCAGUACCGCAGCACUCCGGUCUACGCGCCCUCCGUCAUCCUCAAGAGAACCGGCUCCUGCGUCGGCGGUCGCCACUCCUACACCGAGAUCUACGUCUCCAUCGCGGUGGGCUGCACCUGUGUGCCGCUGCUGGAGAAGAAGCGGGACGGCCAGAGGGGCAACCAGAGCCUGGAGAGAGCCGAGCCCAAAGCCAGACAGCUCCUCUCUGCGGGCAAGAGGGUGUGAAGGAGGCCGAUGAACAAUUUCUAUACCCUUUUCCUCUUUCCCCCCGGACACUUUCACCAAGUUCAUGACAACUUCAUGGAUUCUGCUUGUGAAGUAAACGCUCCUUUAACUGGGCCUAAAUAUGCGAACAUUGAAUUCUGGGAUGUUAAAGGUUUUAGCACAGAGCUCCUGCAGACUGAGCUACUUUGAAAAUGAAAGCAAACGACCAAUAUCGAUCAUUAUUAUCAAUGAGCUGAUCAACGCUGCCACCUACUGGUGUAGGUAGACAACUGCAAGUUGAGCCCUCUGCUCUGACCACCAGGAGAGACCUGAGAAUACAUUCAUGUUAUUCUGACACGAGCUGGCAUCAGAACAACACACAUUCCACAUGAUUGUAUGUGUCAUAGUCAAAAUAAAACAAAACAAACAAAACAUCAGUUUGCAAAGCGUUUGCUCACCUCUCCCAGUAAUUGAACAACCAAACCUCAGCACCUGCAUGUUUCUCAGGCUCAUUUUGCAUUUUCAGGAUACAGGAUGUGGUUCCAUUCUCAAACCCCCACAUGUCCUCUCAGCUGAUCGUCAUCACUAAAGGGGUCGAGAGAAUACACAGGCCUACUACAUAAAAGAUUAGCUUUCCUUUUUUAUUUAUUCUUUCUGUGUCUUUCUUCUUGUUAAACAUUCCACAGUUGGUGCUCCUCUGCUGAGGGAUCAGCUGAAAGGUGUUUAUCCUCUGGCUGAGGAGGUGAACGUCAGUUUGAAGACUCCCAUUAAAGUUUCACUUCACUCUCUGAGCUCUCCCUGUUUGCUGGUGAUGCUACAACCUGUCCUGCUCCACAUCGGGUCUUGAACUGCUCCUCCAGUGUGCAUUCAGCAUGGC